CCAUGGUUUAGUCCACUUUGGUACGUUCGAUCGGGCAGUUCAUAAAUUUGAAUAGUCGCCGGGACAAUUCGAGUGGAGUUCGUUUUGUGUGCGUGUGUGUGUGCGCGUCACAGAGUUGUAAGUGAAAAUAUAGCGUUUCCAUUGUGCUGCUGUUGGAGAGCUUGUGGGACUGCGGGCGGAUUCAGGAACGGGACUGUUUUAUGUUCGCGUAGCUUUUGCGAGUUCUGCAGCUGUCUAUCGGUUGGUUGGUGUGAUAUAUUCACUACUAGUUGCUUGGAGCGAGAAUGGAUUGGUGCUUGCAAUAAAAUAGUUGCUCCCAGCCACAAAUUCGCGCACCUAAAGUGGAGAAUAACCUCGUGAUUAAUCCAUUGUGCAGCGGGAGCCGUUUGUGGGGGAGAAGUUUUGCGGUGUGCGGUGUAGUGUUUGGUUUUGGAUUAGUGCACUUCUAGCGGCGAUCAAUGUGUAGUAUUGGAACCUGGUCCGCUGCGCUCUGUUGAAAAAAGUUGAAAAAAAUUUUACGUUGUUUCCCUACGAAACAACAUUUGGCGUUCGUUCGCGAGUUCGGUACGAGUGUGUAGUGAUCUAUAGGAUCGGAAUACUGGUUUGCGGUCGAAUGUUACCUUUUUUGGAGGGAGCAGUUGCGGCAGCAGUAACAAACAACACGACACAGUGCUUCGGUUUAGUGAAUUAAUGCCUGAAUCAAGAGCGGAAAAAGAGAAUAACAUAAUACAAGAAUAAAGCAGCGCAACAAAGGUAAAGCGAAAAGUGGAGCUUAUUUUUUUGUUUGUUUGUUUGUUGUCGUUACCGUGUUUGCAGCUAGGAUACUUCAGCGAAAAAAAUAUGAGCUUGUGAGGUGUCCUAAAUUGAAUUGAAGUGGAUGUUGAGUUAAAAAGGAUACAGUUUUUUCUGUUCAUAUAAGCUCUCGAGAUUUCGAUUUUUGUUUACGGUUUGCGAGAAAUGGAUUAGACGCAGAGAUUCCACACGAUGAUGAAAACAAUCUUUGAUUUGAAAAAAUUGCAAAUAAUUUUCAUCGUCAAUUUGUGAAAGUGAAACUGAAUGCAACAGUCUACUAUAAAUAAAACCAAAGCAAAAUCAGCUUGUGCCUAUCGGAAAUAUCUGGAUGUUGAGCUGAGAGCUAGCACAUAUUGAGGCGAUAUAAAUUUAACAACAGCGAGCAAAAGUCAUGCCGGCGCGGCGGUAUGUCGUGAUGUCAUUUGGGUCGGUUAGUUGUGCCUAAAAGCCGUUCCCGGACAGAGCUACCUGAGUGAUUUUCAACCAUCCCCUGGAUCCAAAUGAGAAUACGUUUUGUAAAUGUUUACUUUUUGAAGUGAUGCUGAAUCUUGAUCAAACCGAUGGCACGAAGAGGAGACCAGCCUCAGUGGAAUUAGGUCACUAGCUUUAAACGGCAGAGCAAAGACUGAACGGGGGAAACAGCAGCAGAGGCACCGCGCCAGAAUUAAAGCGAUUUCGUGAGGAAUUGUAGGGAAAAAAUCACCAACAGGAAGAACGAACGAACAAACGGGCAGCUCUCUAGGAGGAGCGCCAGCAAAUAAUCUAUUCGCGAUGCCAACGAACACGGUGAAGAACGGUGAAGCAAAUGAGCAGCACAGUGACUGCGAUAAUGAGGAGGAAGAACCCAAGGACAUGGAAAAUGCGCAUCUCAUUAUCAGUGAGUUGAGAACCCGCUGUCGGAAUCAGUCUGAGCAGAUAAUGUCAUGGAAGAAAGCCUACACGUUGCAGCAAGAGCAAAACCAUAGGCUACAGAAGGAAAAGGCCGAACAGCUGAAUUAUCUGACCAGUCAACUACUGCUGCUGGAGUCCCGGAUAAUGCGCAAGCAGAAGCAGGUGUCCGGUGUGCUCUACCAGCGGGAACUCACCAUCUAUCGGCAGCAGAAAAUCAUCGAGACGCUUUCCAGCCGAUUGAUCGACCACGGGAUCAUCGAUGUGGUCAUGGAUCCGUCCCUGGGCCUGAACAACAAUAACAACAACAGCAACGAUUUCGACUCGCUGAAUGACUCCGACUCGGCAGUUGUACUCGAGGACGUAGAUUCGGACUGCAAUAGCUCGAUUUACUUCGGCGGUGGAGGAAGUUUAAAAUCACGAUGUGGAGGAGCUAAGGUUAACAACGAUGUGACAAUCGUGAGGUCGAUUUCGGACGCGAUCGAAACGACCAAUCUGAAGUAUAACAACACCAGGCGGUCGAACUGUUUCCUGAGACGACCCGAAGUGCUGGAAACGGUCUACAGCGUGGAAGAGGAUCCGGAGCCUCAGAGUGCCGGUGCAAAUAGUGGUUCCGCGGGUAACGGUCAGACGGCAGAUGCAGUAAGUGAGAAACGAGACAAGUUCAAGAAUCGGACUGAAAAAUGCAUUUCGUCGGAUCAGUCAGAUGAUCCGAAGGAAAAUCAAAGUACAACUACGACAAAGUUCACCAGUACAACCAUGACGACGGUAAUCAUUACGAAGACUAGUUGCGACGGGGACGAAACACCACCGGGGGGAGGGGGCGGCUGCAAGGCAGGAGCCGUGACGAACUACAACCGUGUCAUGUCCAACCACCGGUCGGUGACCAAACCGAAGGAUGUCAAAUACAAACGCAUCAACAAGGCUAAAUCUAAGAGUCUGGAGGAGCUGAGAGGCAGGCUGAGGCAUUGGGUCGAACGGGGAAGCUGCAAUAUGAACGUAAAUCUGGACGGAAGCUUGGCUCAUCUGGAUCAAUGCCAAAUGCAGCUGCAGCAAUCUCAGCAAAAUUUAGCGCAGAGCUAUGCGUGACCUGAGCCAAAGCCCCACAUCAGGGGAAGCAUUUAAUAACUAUUUAUUUUAGGAUCGUUUUCUUUUUUUCUAUUAUGCGCUAGCACUAUCUCUACCUUUGUACCUUUGGUGUAGCCACCAGAGGAUUGUGAUUUACAAUUGGAACUUAAAGUGGCACCCGGCCCCAAAAACCUAAACGGAAGCAGCUAUUAUAUUAUAUUAGGUGUCAAAUGCUGAAUAUUCGCUUGGAAAAUGUAUGAAACGUGACAUUUUUAACGUUAUUUAUUCCCAUUGUAAUUGUGAAGCAAACCUACGUGGAAUUAAUCAAACAGGAAACAAUCAAAUUUUGUACAAUUGAAGACUAUCAGAGAAUCUAACCGAUUCAGAAAAAAAUGCUACAAGGAAUCGGAAUGAGGCAGAUUGGAGCAUAACAACAUAAACAUUGCUCUGGGAGAGCAAUUGUUCACAGUGCUAACUAACAACAAAAACAGUAGCUUUUGUACUAUGCACCGAGUUAAGACUAUACACGUAAACAUUUUUUUCCUACGAAUCAUAUACAGUACAGCUGCUUUCUAGAACGCAGUUCAUGUGAUCUUACUUCCCAAAGCGUGUUUCAGAGUGUGAAAGCUAUUUUUUACAAAAUCAAUAACAUUUGUGAGGGGUCAAAACUAAAAGUGAAGCAGAAAUAUUAAAUCUUUCGGGUAGAGGUAAAUCAGCAGUGAGGGAAGUAUAGCUAGUAAGUUGGCAAUGAGUGGAAUGGCAGCAGCAAAAUUGUACAUACAUUCAAUUCAGAAGAGUAAUUGAAAAAUAAGUCCGCGGUCCUCAAUCAUGAGAGGAAAAGAUUAUGAAAUUGAAUUAAAAACUAGUUUCUAAGGCAAACAACAAAUUAGCGCAAGCAGUUCUAUUGCAAGUUAGUGACAGCCACGGGCGCAGCAAAACAAACCAUUCGAUGUAUAAGAACAAGUUUUGAAUGCUUAUCAAAUAAAACGGAAAGUUCUCCACGGAGAACAAUGUACAGAA